AUGAAAUCGGAAGUAGUAGCAGUAAUACGGAAGUGCAGCAGCAAUGUGUCAAUGUGAAACCACCCUGCAAGGGCUUUUUUUUAUUUAUGCAUAAAGGUUAAGUUAAGGUUUUGUUCGUGUGUUUAGAAAACAUGGCUUGCUUUUUCAGGAGAAAAAUCGCGGAGAAGCUGGGUAGAGCGCUGCAGCAGUCAGAGGAUGUUUUUAUUCCAGCUCUGACAGCAGUUCCAGUCCUGAAGAAACAGCAGGGAGCCGAUUUCAGGCUUUUAAUUGGAACACUGAGAGCCAGUGGGAUUUUACCAUCCAGUGGAGACGUUCAGGUGCAGACAGAAAACUUGGCCACUCAGUUGAAGCAGGACAAUGUGGUGGAAGACAUCUCAGCUGCACGUGGAAUUAUCAACUUUAAAGUUAAUCGCAAGCUUCUCGCUCAGAAAUUGUUGGAGCCAUUUGGAAAUGGGGAGGAUGAUAAAUUCGGGUUAAAUAGUGAACUUUUCAAUACUCUCACGACAGGAACGACAUUAGUGGAGUACAGCUCUCCAAACAUUGCCAAAAAAUUCCAUGCUGGACACUUGCGGUCCACAAUAAUUGGUAACUUCAUUGCUAACCUUAAACAGUCACUUGGAAAUGAUGUCAUUCGAAUGAACUACCUUGGAGACUGGGGGAUGCAGUUUGGUUUGCUGGGAGCUGGAUUUGGGCAAUUUGGAAGUCCAGAAAAAUUAAAACAGAAUCCCUUACAGCAUUUGUUCGAAGUUUAUGUUCGAGUAAACAAAGAAGCAGAGAACAAUGAGGAUAUGAAACAGGCUGCCAGAGACUUCUUUAGACAGCUGGAGCAGCACGAGAGCCAUGCUGUCUCCUUAUGGCAGCAGUUCAGAGACAUCACAGUGAAGGAGUAUCGGCACAUUUAUGAGCGGUUGGGGGUCCACUUCGACGUUUACAGCGGGGAGUCCUUUCACCAGGAUCAGGCCCAGGAGGUGGUGCAGCAGCUGCAGAGCCGGGGCCUGCUGAAGACAUCUGAGAAGGGCACUGGUGUGGUGGAUCUUUCCCCCAACAGAGACAUGACCAACGUCUGCACAGUGCUCCGCAGCGAUGGUACAACUCUCUACAUCACCAGAGAUAUCGCUGCAGCCAUUAACCGAAAGGAAAAGUACAGUUUUGAUGAGAUGAUUUAUGUGACAGAUAAAAGUCAAGAGAAUCACUUCUCCCAGUUAUUCCAGAUCCUGCUUGCGAUGGGUCACUCUUGGGCAGAUGGGUGUCGGCACGUGUCCUUUGGUCUGGUGCAGGGCAUGAAGACCAGGACCGGUGAGGUGGUGUUUCUGGAGGACGUGCUGGACGAGGCUCGGGCCAGGAUGCUCCACAACAUGAGCCAAUCAAACACAACAAAGGAAUUGGAAAACCCAGAGGAGACUGCAGAAAAAGUAGGAAUCAGUGCCCUAAUAAUCCAGGACUUCAAAGGCCCCCUGCAGUCAGACUAUAAGUUUGACUGGGACCGGAUGCUGCAGGCUCAGGGUGACACUGGCGUCUUCCUUCAGUACACACAUGCUCGACUCUGCAGUUUAAAGCAGACGAAAAAAGGUGUAGACGCAGUUGCGUUCGACCCAUCCCUUCUAUCUGAGCAGACGUGUACUGCCAUCCUGCAGCACCUCCUUCGUUAUGACGAGGUAUUGUACCAGUCAGCUCAGGAUCUGCAACCUAAGCACCUUGUCAACUUCUUGCUGAAGCUGUGCCACCUGAUUGCUUCGGCACACAGAGAUCUGCCAGUAAAAGGAAGCCCUGAGGCUGUUGCACAGGCAAGGUUACGACUGUUCAGCGGAGCAUGCUCAGUCCUGGCCAACGGGAUGAGAAUCCUGGGCAUCACACCAGUUAACAAAAUGUAAAAACUCCAUCGGUGUGUAUCAGUGUUCUUUUCAGUGCUGCAACUAUUGUUGAUUUGUAUUCUAAAAACAGAGCCUUAUAUUGUCAAAAUAAAAUUAUGCUAGUCUAUAGGAUUGGGUCUAGUCUGUAUUCAGAAAAAACACACUUCUCUGCUAAUAAAAGCUGUAAAAUUACCUUCAUAACGAGACAACACUGAAGUGAUUAAAACAAAAAAAAAAUUAGAAAACAAGGUGUGGGGGGGAUUAUGCAUGCAGUCUGAUUUGGGCACAUUCAGAGUAAGGACUAGGUGAUUUGGAGCUAAGUCACUCGUAUUGCACAGUUUAAAGACCAAUUAUUAACACUGGAUUAUUAAAUAAAAUAAAAAGACAAUAUAAUACUCGCGAUUUAAAAAAAAAAA